AUGGGCAAAGGCGGGGGUUGUGUCCCAAGCAAGAAGAAACUCCCAAAAAUCGUGGCCGACGACGCCCCAAUUUCAUUCCAAAACAACGCCACUCCGACCAUCGAAACUAAUGCGGCCGUCGAUGUUUUAUCCAUCGCCGAUUCACAUCCCGUUACAAAACUCAAAAUUUUUGUUGUGUUCUAUUCAAUGUACGGCCAUGUCGAAUGUUUAGCUCGUAGAAUCAAAAAAGGAGUGAACGGCGUUGACGGAGUCGAGGCGGUACUUUUCCGAGUACCGGAGACUUUGCCGGAGGAGGUGCUGAGCCAAAUGCGGGCCCCACCCAAGGAUGAUGAGAUUCCGGAGAUUGGUUCGGCGACAGAGUUGGCGGAGGCCGAUGGGUUCUUGUUUGGGUUUCCGACGAGGUACGGGUGUAUGGCGGCACAAAUGAAGGCGUUUUUCGAUUCCACUGGACAGUUGUGGAAGGAGCAGAGGCUUGCUGGGAAGCCUGCGGGGUUCUUUGUCAGUACUGGGACGCAAGGAGGCGGCCAAGAGACCACUGCUUGGACAGCAAUCACACAGUUAGCUCAUCAUGGGAUGCUCUUUAUCCCCAUUGGGUACACGUUUGGAGCCGGUAUGUUUGAAAUGGACUCAAUUCGGGGGGGAUCUCCAUAUGGUGCUGGAGUCUUUGCUGGUGAUGGCACAAGAGAACCGACAGAAAUGGAGCUGGCCCUUGCAGAGCAUCAGGGCAAUUAUAUGGCUGCAGUGGUCAAGAGGCUAGCUCCGGCUUGA